AUGCGAGCGGUGGCCCGUACGGCAGGGAUCGAAACGCAACUGAAAAAGGGGUUCCUGCACGUUGAGCAGCUACAGCAACUGUCACAUCGGUACAGCGAGCAGACUUGUCUUGUAUGGGUACAACGUUUUCUAGCGUCAGAUGGCGAGAAGUUGGACGUCGAGCUCCGGAAGCGACGAGAGCCGCAACCGAGCAGGCUGGAGCUGAUGAUGAUCCUAAUCGUCGAGGCCGAACGAGCAGAGAAGAACGAAUUCGUCGACAAGCACAAGGACGCGCUUCGAGGCUGA